UGAUGUUGAGUCGACAGGCCGCCUAGCGUAGUACUCGAAGUACUCGACAGCUCGCGAUCAAAGCAAGCGGCAGGAAAAAUGGCGUCGGAUAACGAAGCCUCCUGCGUUAGUGACCCAAAUUUCGCGGUAAUUUGCUCGUUCCUCGAGUGUUUUGGUAAAUCAUGCGGCAUCGAGUACCCGGACAUAGCCUUACUCCAGGAAAUGGUAGAAAACGCCCAGGAAGUACCACAACAGCUGAUAGACCUGCAUAUAAAGCUGUUGAGAAAAACACGCAAGACUGUAUCCGCAGAGAAAUGGGAGCGAGCUCUAGUGAAAUUUUGUCAUACAUAUUCAAACCAAGAUGGAUGGGAGCUCGAGCGUUUUGGUUACAAGAAAGCUCGGAUUGCUGUCAAAUUGCGACUUCUGAAGGUUCUCCUUGAGGCACAGUUUGACUUGAAUCAAAGGUUCAAAAACGAAGUAAACAAGUUGGCUGCAAGCGAGUUGCGAGUAGAACCUCUUGGUCGAGAUAAAUCUGGCCUAGCUUACUGGUGUCAGUUGGACGAAGAAUGUAACAUAAGGGUUUACCGCGAGGAUUUGGAUGAGGAGAGCUGGCAGCUUGUUGCGAAGGAUCGCGACGGGGUUGUCAGUCUGAUUAGCACAUUGACAAAUGGUGAGGCUGGAGACAUACUAGAAACAGAGGAUAGCAACAGUCUUGAAAUAUCAGAGAAGCCGAUCAUCGAUACAGGUCAAGUGACUACCUCGCCAAGCUUAGAAGAAGAAAAUAGAGAUAAUGUGGAAGUGGCUGUUGUUGAGGGAAAUGGUAAAGAAGAUGUAGACAGUGUGGAGGAAGACCUCGAUGAGGAAGAAGAUGAAGAGGAGGAUGAAGAGGAUAAGGAGAAUAUCCAGGGCGAAGAAAAGGAAGAAAACGGAAAGAUGGAUGAAGAGGAAGAAGACGACGAAGAGGGUGAUGAGGAAGACGUCACUAAUGAAGAAAGUUCACAACAGAAUACAGAAGAUGAUUCUCAAGACGUCGGUGUUCUUUGCAUAGAAUCUGAAGUGAAAAGAACAGCAAACUUGGAAAAUCUCUCUAAUCAACCCCAAAAUCAGGCUAAAGUGCCACCCUGUACAUUAAAUCUCUCUGAAACUGUUCAGUCGAGUAAAAUCAGUUAUUCCGAAGCAUCAGAUAUUCCUAGUCCCGCAGAGCCUCGGGGGAAAGUUUAUGCGAGUCAAGAAACUUCGGACCAAGAAGCGAAGAGUGUAGAAUUAAAGCAUAUCGAAACACCGGUGAUAAAAACUUCACCGAUCAAAGUUGUGAACAUUGCAAAUCUGACCAAACCCGCAGAGGAGAAAAAAUUGGAUCUCAAAGUACCGACAGGAAUAACAUUGACACCUGUGACAAAGCCCAUUGCACGCGACGAUGUUAAUGAACCGAUAAAAUCUCGUGAAAAUGUACCAGCCAAGAGUAGCAACGUGUUUUAUUCGUCUGGUGAACCGAUAUUGGCACAGAACAAAAUAUCGGUGACACCAAUAAACAAGUUGGCCGCUAACCUUUCCAAGCUGCAAUCUGAAAAACUAGAAAAAUUGAGCGGUUCGAAGUCGCUGGAGAAAAUAGCUGAAAAUUUGGCCAGAUCGAGCGGGAUUCAUGGAAUGGUGACGAGUCCAGAAGAAGAUCGUCAAAUCCCCGAAUUCUUCUCCAGAAAUCAGGUGGACAAGUCCAGAGCGUCUAGGAGUCAGGGAGGAAUCGAUUUAUCCACAUCGCCACGGGGAUGGGAGAGCAUCAGUGAUCGCAACAGACCUGUGGAUUUCUCGGGGAUUGAUCUUUCUAGUCGUAAGUCAGUCAGUAGCAAGGGUGCAGAGCUCCCUUCGCCUGGCUACAGACCUCAGGAUUUUCAACAUAGAGAAAUAGAUUUGAGCACGAGAAAACCGGGACGACCAGACUUGUCCAGCAUACGUUUCGAUGCUCGAACGACGUCGAGAAAUCAUCCUAUCGUCACAGACUUUAGCAAAAGACAAACGCUGCCGCCUCAGUUGCCAUUCGCAAACUACGAUCUACCACCAGCCUAUCGUUCUUCCGUAAGGUUGGGAGGCACGGACGAUCACCGCCUGCCCAACUACAGCAUGGUGCCGGAACUGAGUAAACUCAACGCAGUUCGGAUGGGUGGUAAACGUCCGUUGGAAGAGGACGACGUGCCACAGGAUAUAAUAAAAAGGAUUCACGCAGACGUGAUACCGAUCAGAAGUACGAUCGACAAGCGACAAAUGAUUGGCAGCAAUUGGCGAGAUGAAGUAGGCGAAGCUAUCGAGGAGCCAGUCAUGAGGGUGCAGGGACAGGGUUCAGGUAGCGAGUGCGACACGGUGAAUCCUGGGAUUGGAGAAGCCAUUGAUGAGCCUGUAAUGUAUUUUUAUGGGGAAGGCUUAGGAUCGGAGUCGGAAACCGGCAAUCCUGGCGAUGAAACGUCCACGGACAAUGAAGUCAGCAAAGAAUCAAAAAGCGAGCAAACUAGCUCUUCUUUGUCGAGUUUAAAUUUACCUGAGAGCCAAGUUUUGCCAGAAAUUAGUCCGUCGAACGAAGGUUCUAUAGAAUCAGCAACCGCUGAUGCAACCAAUUCACAAGAAAGUGAAAUCGACGCCCAAACCAACAAGAGUACAAUAGAUAGUCCCGAGGCUUCAGCUGGGAAAUCUAAAUUUAAACCAACGCUCGGUGUUCAGGUAUUCGCUAAAUCGGCUGCUGUUAGUCCCGUGAAAAGGUUGUCAAGAUGGGACGUUGGCAGACCAGCUGAGAAAACCGACACCGGUCAUGACCAACCUGAUUUACCUGCCGAACAACAAACUUCAAUUAGUGAUACGUUUACUGGUCCUCCACAAGGGUCUAUGGAAAGUACGAGUUUUGAUCAAAACAGGAUAAAAGAGAGCACACCAGAAACCAGAAUUAAGUUGGAGACUGUAAUGAGCGUUUCUGAUCAUGACAGUGACGCAAUUAAGGACGUGGAAGAUUCGACGUUAUCCGAAAAUGAAAUUGAAAGCUGUGAUAUAACUAAGACCCAUGUCUUGGAAUCGGAAAAGUCAGAGAAAGCUUCUUCGCAAGAAUCGGUGGUAGACCUUGAGGAGUCUAGCAGGCACGAAUCAACAAUAUCAAUAGGCGCUGGAUUAAUAAAAGCUAUAUUACCUGGUCUGCUAGCUGUCCCAGUUGCUGAAAUAUUGGCUGAAAAGGAUAAUUUGCGUGACACCAAUGGUUCAACAAAACAGACGUUUGAGGAAAAAUCUUCCAACAAUGCAGAUCUUCCAGAUGAGACAGACACUCUUGCUUCUUCUGAUGCGCCUCCGCCAAGAUUUUUUUUUGGCCCCAAUUGUGUAUCGUAUAAUUUGAAAAGCGAUGACAAAAAAAGUGAUUCCGUUAGCGAUACGGCAUGUAAAACGAGCGUGUCACAAUGUGAACAGCUAGAAUUGAUGAGUCAUGUCACACCUUCCGUCUCUGAAGUUACGGAACACACGGAGAAAGAGAGCAUCGACAAAUUGGCCAAAAAUCUAGCCCAAACUGUUGGCAUCGAAUCUGUGGACACUAAGCGUUGGCAUGAAAGUCUUGACCAAUCAAUUGAUCCACAGGCUGUUUCCGCUGGGGAAAAUAAAAAUCUGGAUGACAAAAUUUAUGCUGAAUCAGAAAUUGUAGACAGUAAAGAAAAACUUCAGGAGGAUCCUGUACUUGAUGAAGAGAGUCUUGACAAAGAAAGUUUCUCAGGAGACGCAACCACGUAUGCCAGUAAGUCGGUAGAGUCUGUACCAGUGAAUGAGCAGUUUGAAAAAUCAGUUUUCGAAGAUGAAACUUCUUCGUCUAGCGUAGUAUCUGGGAAUACAAGUUUUGGAAAAUCGAAUGUAGCUAAAUCUGAAAUUUUUCCCACUGAAGAAGUUACUGAUUCCGUACCAGUUAGUGAAAAUUUCGCAAAGUUAGUUGCUUCGGAUACUGAAACCGAUUGUGUACCUGUGGUUAAAAGUCUGGAAGAAUUGAAUGUUUUGAAAAACGAAACUGAGCAUAUCGAAGAUUCGAUUGAUCAUUUAGCUGAGUCUGAAAACGUAGAAAAAACUGAUGUUCUAACACAAAAGAGCGAUAACCCUGAAGAAUUAAUUGAUUCUCCAGUUGAGGGUAAAAUCUCUGACAGAAACGUUGACGAUUCUCCAAGGGACGCGCAGAGUGUUGAACAGUCAACCAAUUUUGUUGAUAAUGCUGAAAAUUUGAAUGAAUUGAUUGGCUCGACACCUGGCACUGAUGGUCCUGGAGUAUCUAUUGAUCUUAUAAAGGAGAAAUCAGAAACCCUUCAAAAGUCGUCUCACCCUCCGGAUGGUAGUGGCAGUAUUUUGGGCCCUGAUUCUCGAACGGCCAAUGAAAAAGUUGAAGAUGCAAUUGAUCCUUUACCUGAUAAUCAAAGUAUUACAACAGUAGCUGAUUCUCAGAUGAAACUAACUGUUGUUGAAGAGUCAACUAAACAGUCAGAAGAUGAAGUGUCUGAUCAACAGAAAUCGGAAGACGCACAACGUCUAGAAAAUGAACCACAUGAACAGUUGCAUGUUGAAAUUCCUGAACGUCAGGAUUCUGAUCAACAAAAAUCAAAAGACCUACGACGGCCGGAAAUUGUACCACAUGAACAGUUGGGUGCUGAAAUUUCUGACCUCCAGGGUUCAAAAAACGUGCAACACCUAGGAAAUGAACCUUGCGACCAAAUAGCAGGUGACGUUUCUGAUCACCAGGAAUCUGAGGAUUUACCCGAGCGGGCAACUGAACCCCACCAGCUUGAAAAAAGAAAUGCCAUUCCACAAAGUGGUUUAGAACCUGUUGAAUCACCCGUCAUAUCGUCUAUAGGUUCUGAAGACCAUUUAGAAGGGAAAUCAGUUCAAGACGAGGAGCCGAAAUCCAAAGAAUCCCAAAUCGAAAACCCAUCAGCGGAGCAGAUAGACGAAAAACAAUCCUUCGAAGAACUUCCAGAGUCCCAAGGUAGCAACGAAGUUGUUAGUUCUAGUAAUGAAGACGAACUACUGAAGUCCAGUUCGGAUUCGGAACAGGAUCAGAAUGUUCUGAGGGAAAAAACGAAUGUGGAAGAAGAACUGCCGUCCAAGUCUCAGUCUAUUGCAGUUGAAAGUAUUGCUGAUGAAAGUGCAGGGAUAGAUCAUGAAGAUAUUUUAGACAAAGAUGGAGAUUCUGGUAGUUCGUCUAAACCAAUAGAAAAUCAGAGGGAAUUUACUUCGUUGGAACCCAAAGAAAUUUCUACAGAAUCACUUGCAGCUUCGUCGGUAGAACCAGCUCUCAGUUCUUGUACGGGGAACGUACAUAUGGAAACUUAUUCUUCACAUCAGAAAGAUGAGAAACUUGUCCCUCAAACUACAGAUGCAAUUGGCAGAGAACGGGACACACUAUCGGAAUCUGGUACAGAUGAUGAUCGAUCUCAAGAUGUUGAAUACGAUGCGAUAAACGACGAAUCGAAAGAGAAGAGUAUAAGUGCAGCUAAUGAAAUUUCUCAUUCAGAACCACAGCAAAUAUUCAGAACUGCGGAUUUGCCACCUGUUGAAAAGGCUGCUGCGUCUCCUCUGGUGGAGUUACCUAAUGCUAUGGAUGAGACUCAGCGGUCUGAAGAUUGCAAAACUGUAGAAGCAGUCGAGAAAUAUUCUGCAAUUGGAUUGGCUGAGAGCGGUGCAUCUAUAAAAGACGACUCGUACUUCAAAGAAAUAACGCCAGCAGCUAUCAUCGACUUAAACAUAUCAAAAUCUCCCGAACGAAUGACCGUUGAAAGUAAGAAUGAUAGUAGAGCAGGUAUAUCCAUCCAAACAGGCAUUGUAGACGAUUAUUGCAACGCGGUAUCGGAAAAUCCGAGUCCCUCCACAGAUCAAGAUUCCAACGAAGCAAUGGUAAUUGACGACAGAGUAUAUGAUUCUAACGAAUCAUCGAAAGAUGUGUCUAACGAGGAUUCUACUUUGGACAAAGGAAAAGCGAUGGAUGAUAAGAAGAGGUCAUUUGAACAUAUUGCCACUUCUAACGAACCUAGAAGUACCGCAGAUUCAAAUAUAGUAGAAGAUCACGAAAUUCUUAGCAAAAAUAACAUUGAUGAGGAUCUUGUGCAGGUGAAUGAAAUAUCUCGAUUUAACAUGGCGGUCGUAAGUGGCGAUUCUAAACAGGAAUCUGCUGCGUCUCCACUGAUUGAAUUUCGAAAUGAAAGUACAUCCAAAGCUGAGAGUGAGGUGGUUCCAAAUCAGUUGGAAGAUCGAAAUAACGAAGCGGGUAAGUUAGCAUCAACUGAACUGGGAAAAGAAGUUGAAUCGGAAUCAAUAAAAGAAAAUUUAGGUGGAGAUUUGAAGUGCGAAAGUAAUCCGCUUGGGAAAUAUACAGUAGAGUCAGAAUAUGGAGAUCUUGACGACAACGUCGAGAACGCGAUACAGGAUGCAAGCACGGACGAUCAAAAGUCACUUGUAGCAAAUUACGACAGUAGCGAUCGUGAAAGUGAUGAUGUUUUUGAAAAUGAUCUUAUGGAAAGUAAAUCAAACAUAGAUGAGUCUGAAAGUAUGGAAAGCCAGGAAUUGUUACUAGACAGAGAAAAGCAGCAAGAUUCCCUUCCGCAAGUUGACAGUUUCGGAAAAGUUGGAGCAACUUCUGAAUUAUCACCAAAGCCGAAUGAAGAAAUAUCAGAUCACGCUAAAAGAGAUACUUCCAGGUUACAAACUGAAAUUGCCGAAGAAAAGAUAAAUGAAGGAACAGAUAAAGAUUGUUUAAAAGAUGCGAAUCAAUGCAAUGAUAACACAAAUUUCUCUGCUUCUAAUUUAGAUGAAACUGAAGAAGCGAAAACAUCAUCGAUAAAAAUUAAUUUAACGGAACAAGGAGCGGAAGAGGUAGCAGCAGAUGACAAAAAAGAGAGCAUGGAUAGCAUGGCUGAAUCAAAGACUGAUGACCUAAUUGAACAAGCUAAUGAUACAGAAAACAUGACAGAAUCGAUAACAGAACACACAGAAGAAGCCAAAGAAAGUUUGGUGUCUUUAGAAAAAGCGUUUGAUGCAAAACUUCUCGAAGAAACAGAAUCAAAAUUUGUAAGCAAAACGGUAGACGAAGACAGUAUGAAAGAAGCUGAAAUUAAAUCACUGGAAAUAACAGACAAUACGAGCCAAGAGAAGAGUACGAACGAAUCUGUUCCGUUCUUGACACAGGACGAAAUUCUGGGAUCAGAAAAAUGUGGAGAAGAAAGUAUUUCAGAAUCGGUACGUGAUUUUGUCGAUGUCAAUGCAAAAGAUGAAAGGGAAACAAACACCAUAGAACAUAAUGAAAUUUUGAGUGCGAGUACGGUAUCAGAUUUACACGCAAUGCAAGAAGGACCCGUUAGUGAAAGUUUGGAAAAGGAAAUAUUGGAAAAGGAAAAACCUAUUGUUACAAACAGUCUUGAUGUCAGCAGCUCUGUAUUGUCCUCGUCCACAGCGGCAAAACAUUUGUUAGAACCAGAUACGGGAGAAUUGAACGACAGUGAUGAGGAGGAAGAUGAACAAUUCGAGGAAGAGUCUGCUAUUGUCCAUCAUCCGAAGAGGUUUAAGGAAGAUUCGAGCAUGUCGAUGUUGGCCAACGACGAAAGAGAAUCAAAUGUGACAUCUUUACUGGCAAAGGAUUUGAAAAACAGAGAUGAGACUGCUGGAUCGGACUUGCUGAACCACAACAUCAGCUAUGUUGAAUCAAAAAAAUUGGAAGGUUCCGAGUAUCCUGAGAGUUUGGAAUCGUCUUUACUCGACAACAACAGGAUCACGGCAUUGAAGUCCAAUGAAAUCACUCUGUCACACAAUGCAGCAAAGGACACACCUGCGUUUAUAGCCGAAAAAAUGGAUACAAACAGAUACAGUUCUGAUUUUGUUGCUGAGAUUGUGGAGGCGAAGAUUUUUCAUCUCGACAAGGUUGAGUCUGAAAAAGAAACAAUCGACAAAUUGGAAGAUUUUUCAAAGGCCAAACAAUUCAAUGCCGAAUUGGUAACAAAGUUGAAUUCUUCCGUGAACGAAAUUUCCGAUGACUCGGUGAAACUGAUUGCCUCGCAAAAGAAAAGUCUGAGUGAAAGCAUGACGACAUUUGCAGAUGAGACGAGUAAACCUGAAGCUGAUACAACGACGGAUGAUUUAUUGACCAACAAGAUGCACGACACAGGUAAAGAAGCCGAAGGAGACUCGGAAAUCCAAAGCGUCAAUCUCAAAGUCAUAACUAUAGAAUCGGACGAUUCGAUGGGCGCUGAUAACGAGGAUCCGUUCAGCAAUUCUCAGAUCGAAAUGGACCCCCUCGCUUGUAUCGACGAAGACACGCGAUCAAAAUCCGACGACACGAAUGCUGCCUCGCUGGGAAUUCGUGUCAAGCCUGUGUCGGAGCUGGUAUACGAAGGGUGGAAAUUGGACGGUGCCGAGACGCCGAAGAUUUCUAGAAAACGACGCAACAGUCACCACGAAUCAAACUCCGAGGAUACAGCGAUGAAAGACGACGACGAUGAGAGCGAAGGGACUGGUGGCAAAAGGAUGAGAUUACGCGGGAAACGUCUUCCUAAUAUGAAUCUGCGUAGGACGGUCGAAGAGAAACGUCAGGAAGCUGCUAGUUCGGACGACGAAAAUCACAAAAAGCCCAGCAGUAUUGAAAAAGAUGACUCUAAAACAGGCGACGACGUUACUGUCGUAGAAAACUCUUCUUCUAAUGACAAGAAAACCCGUGGCAGACCCAGAGGGAAGAGGAAGGUGCGACGGAUAAUUUGCCGGCCUGGACGAACGGCUCCUGCUUCAGAUACCAAUCAGUCGGCAGUUCCCGAAUUGUCUGCGACUACGGAUCUACAAACCCCGGUUCUUAGCAGUCCAGCAGUUAGCGGUGACACACCGCAGAAAAAGAGAAAGAAAAGAAAAAUGGUGCUAGGUUUGGAAAUUGGAAGAGACAUAAUAGACACGUCACAAUCUGGAGCCUUGCUGAACGAAAAUCCCGUCAGACAAUCGAGGCGAAUAGCCCAGCUUAAAAUUAAGGAGGAGGCUGACAGAAGGCGGAUAGAAGAAGAAACGUUGUGUGAAUUGAAAGAGAAGAAGGAUCGCGACUCGGUUGACAAGAAAAAAAGAAAGAAGCAAAAGCCUGAGAGCGAGGAGGAAGUGUCGUUUAAAGAGAUCGUCGAGAGAGAAACAAAGCCUAAAAAGAAGCAUAAGACGAAAAUAAAGAAGAAAAAAGCUGAGUCAAAAUUUGAUGAAACGAAUCCUUGGCGAAGUUCGUCUGGUUCUAGCACAGAAGACGAAGAUGAUCACGACGAGGACGACGAUGAAGAGGAAGAAGCAGAGAGCGAGGGCUCUGUCCUUUUUAAAAGUGAUCACGAAUUUUCACCCGAAAGUGAUCUCGAAAAGGACGAAGAAUCGGAACCAUUGAGAAGAGCUAGAACGGCCCAGAAAGCCCAAAGCGAUGACGAAGAAGCAGACGAUGAAUAUGCGUGUCAAAAAUGUGGCAAAGCUGAUCACCCCGAGUGGAUUUUACUGUGUGAUACAUGCGACAAGGGCUGGCACUGUUCCUGUCUGAGACCCGCUCUUAUGCUCAUACCAGAGGGCGAUUGGUUCUGUCCGCCGUGUCAGCACAAUCUACUGGUGCUUAAACUGCAAGAAAACUUGAAGAAAUAUGACAAGUACACAAAGAGGCACGAGAACGAGUUGUUGCGAAAGAAGAGACUGGCCUAUGUUGGCAUCAGUUUGGACAAUGUUCUGCACAGAAACGAGACCCAGAAAUCGUCCAGAGCAUCGAGUCAAGAGUCUGAUAAUGAAUCUUCAUCCUCAGCCUCGUCGUCAAGCUCUGGGAGCUCAAGCAGCGAUGAUAGCCAACCAGUUUACCAACUCCGAGAACGACGUUGUGCAAAUACUUACAAGUUUAAUGAGUACGACGACAUGAUAAAUGCCGCAAUUCAAGACGAGGUGGAAGCUGUUCGAGGAGCUGGAAAUCAGGGCAGAGGAAAAGAUAUAGCUACUAUUGUAAAUGCCGAAAAAGAAGAGGCACAAGCUGAGGCUUUUAAGAAGAAUCAACUAGAAGGAGAUGAGGAUGAGAACGACGAUAGAAAGCUUGAAAAAGAAAGUGAUGAGGAUUACAAAGCCGAAAGAGAUGAAGAUUUAGAUGACGAUGACGAUGAGGACGAUAAGCCAAAAGUAUCGGCGAGGAAGAUACUUUCUAGAAAAAAGCAUCGUAAGCUGAACAGCUUGGAUAUCAGCAGUGAGGACGACCCGGAAAGUGACGAGGACUUCAAAGGUUCAAUAUCGGAUGAGGAGGAUGAUCUCGAUGAUCAGGGAUCGUCUUCUGAUGAAAGUACUUUCGCCGACACUAGGAGACAACGGGGUCGAAGAGGUGGAGCUCCUGUUAGGCGAUCGACAAGAGCUAGAAUGACACGAUAUGAUGAAGAUUUUAUAAACGAUGAUAGCGAAGAUAGUGAUAAACCUAAAAGAAAGAAGUCGCGGUCUGUCUGGGAGGAGUCGGAAAGUGAAGAGAGCGAUAAUUCUUGGAGACAAAGAAAGAAACGCAGGAGUAAAACGGCGCCAAUACCGAAAUCGAGAUCAUCAAACAAAUCGAAACCUAAAAAAAAGAGUAAGAAAAAGCGCAUCAUCGAAUCUGACAACCAAAGUGAAGAUGACGAAGAAAUCGAACCUAGUACGCAUAUUAAUGAGUCUGACGGAGCAGAGGAGAUCCAGUCAGUUCUAGAUCAAGAACAAGAAAGUGAAAACGACGAGAAGAGGAUUUUGUGUGAUCAGGAUGGCGUUAAAAUUGAACAAAAAAUCGAGGGAAAUCAAGAAAACGAACAGAAAGAUGGUAUUCCUAUGGUUCCGAUGGAUGCUGAGAAACUUGCCAAGAAGAAAAAGGAAAAUACACCUAAACGGAAGAAGACUCCACCCAUAAGACGAAAGAUCAUUUAUGGCGGACUUUCAGACGGUUAUCCAAAACAGGAAGAAGAAACACUAGGCAGACGAACCCGGGGCAAGAAAAUUAAUUACCAAGAAGUUAUGGCGUCUGAUAGUGAAGAGGAACUGAAAAAGGCUUUGAAAAAAACUGAAGAGAGUGAGGAUGAGUUUGUUGUCAAUGAAGUCGAGGAGUUGAACGAGGAAGCUGAGAAGGAUUCAGACUCAGGUGACAUAUACUCUCCGAAAAAAGAAGGUCCGAAGAUCAAGGGAAAAUCACCGAAGGGAAAGAAACCGAGAAAAAGUAAAAGUCCCGCGGCGACGAAAAUGAAGCUAACAAAUGAACACGAUGCCACGCCAAAGGCCAAAAGAAAGCCGGGCCCAAAACCCGGGAGUAAAAACAAGCCGAAGUCGCAAAAAAUGAUGUCCCUGCCGUUCAACAAUCCAAGAAGUGGAGGCGAGGAGGGCGACGUGACUGAGGAAGGCUCGCUAGCAGGUCUCGGCACCGACGAAUUUGCCGAGCUGGACGAGGAGCAGCUAGAUCAAAUGAUGAUGAUGGAAGACGAGGAAUACGGUAAACGGCAGCUGGAGCUGGCCGCAAUAGAGAUCGCGAAGAAAAAGAAGGAGGAGCGGGAGGCGAAGAAGUUGGAAAAGGCCCGUUUAAAAGCCUUGGAGAUACUGGCGGCUGAAAGACAAAGGGAUCCGAACGCCCCGGAAGGUACAGACGGCGAAGCGCCGAAAAAGAAAAAACGCGGACGACGCAGCAAGGCGGAAAUUCUUGCCGAACAAAUGAGACGAGACGGGGCACCGAACUUGUCCAUUGAAUCGACGUCUCCAAACGUGACGGCCAUUCUUUCACCCACCGUGACGCUGACCCCAACAACCAGCGUGACCCCGAUCUCAUCCCCCAGCGUCACGACUCCGAAUCUGACCCCAAAUAUGUCGUCUUUUUUGAGCCCUAAUCCCGGCAUGAAUUUGGCCCCUAAUCUGACCCCAACAUUGGUUGCAAAUAUGAGUCCCAUCGCAACACCGGAGGCGCAAAAGAUUCCCGAAAAUCUUUGUCCUGUAGUCAUCGGACCGGAUACUCAUGCCUUUAGUCCUGAAAGUAUGCUCGUAAAGCCAAAACGUCGGGGCCGCGGAAAGGGAAAAAAAACCCUUGCUUUGGAGGCCGCGAGAGCGGCGGAAGCCGCCGCCAAGGGCAUCGAUCACAUAUCGGGCUUCGGUACGGAUUCCAACCCCGAAAUGAAGUCCGACGAUCCAAACAUCCUGCCGACACCUGGUAGCAGCACGUCUGGUUCUGCACCCUCGACGCCGCCGGCGAGCAUCGCGGUCGUUCAGCAAGGAACGCCUUCGAGUCAAAAUCAGCCGCCGCCACCAAACGUCAGUAUUCAGUCCAGCCAGAGUUACCCAUCGAUGUCGCCCGUUCAGCAGCAGCAAUCGCAGCAGCCGCAGUCCUCUGUGAUAACCAGGAUGCUUCAGUCGCAGCCGGUAUCGGCCAGUCCCCAAUCAUUUGCAGCAGCUGCUGCUGCGAUGGGUCACAAGUACUUUGGUACCUCGAACACAGCUGGAAAUAUAAUGGGUGUUCCACGAGCCGGUUUUGACAUCCAACCACGCGGCAGGAUCACAUUGCCCUAUAGGCAACCCGGCCAGUCUCCGAUGCCCCCACACUUUGCCGCAGUCAGGUCUGGCACGCCGCCGAUGAGAAUGCGAGUUCCUGGUCCGCAGAUGUACCACACACCUCAUCACCCGAUGGACCCUUCACCCUCUGGUGGAGGGCCGAUUUCCAUCAGUAGCAGCAGGGACCGAAGUUCGCCACUGGGAUCAGGAGCAGGUUCAGCGAUGAUUCCUCCAGCAGCUGGGAGUCCACUGACCAAGGGCGGACCUACACCUCCACCUCCGCCGCCCUACGCUAGGGGCGUACCGCCGAUGGGAAGAUUCCCUGAGGGUUCGCCGAUGGGCGGACCGAGGCACCAGAUGCCGCCAUUCGCCAAUGCCGCUGCAACUAAUCACGGUAUGCAGCAACCUUCACCACCGCCCAGUCGCACUACUGGUAAUUUCUCACCCUAUCAUCCACCGCCUCCGCCGAAUUAUCAUUACGGUGCGUAUCCUCCGCCACCACCCAUGACUACGGCUGACGACGCAGCAGCCUAUCAGGGCUCCCCGUAUCCUACAGAACAUUUUUCUACGCCCGCUGAAAAUCCUGCACCGAUACAACCCCCACCUCCGCCUCAAGCACAGGCACCGCCGCACACUCAUGCGCAUCCACCUCAUCCGACGCAUCCUCAUACUCACUCUCAUCCUCACCCUCAUGCCGGCGAAACCGGCGGGCCUGGUGGUAAUAAACAGUUUGAUGAAGAGGGUAGUGGGGAAUUUGGAGGUUUGGUGUCUUACUUUAGUAGCCAGAGAGAGGACGAUCUCGACUCGUAGCACGAGUGAAUACUUGGCCGAUCCUGAAUCGUUAUCAGUGGUAACGUUAUUGGUUUUCGCAUGCUUUGUCGAUGACGAUGAGCGCUCGAUAUAAGUCACAGGGCGACGGGGAAUGGGUCACGCGUUGUUUCAGUAGUUGUCUACAUUUCGAGAAUAAAAUAUUCUUUUGCUACAUUGUCUCAAAAAGAAGUGAUUUGUUCUUUUUUUUUUUAUUAUCUCUUCUUUAAUCUCAAUACUUUUUUGGUUAAUUCUAUACAGAAUGUAGUAAUGCGCAGAAAGAUAAUCACUGAAAAUAAAAAGCCAAUGAUAAAUACUGAAGUGAAAACACAUUUUAACAGUCUAUGUAAUUCUGAGGCAACAAUAUUAUUAAUAUUUGAAACUCGUGCGUAACGUAUGUAUCGAUUGAAAGGCUUGAUGAAAGAGAAACGAAUACAAUCCUAUGGGAGAGGCCAAGGUUUAAGAAGUUUUUCGAACUCGAGGGGAAAACAAACAAACGGUGCUUGUUAAUAUCUUAAUGAAUCCAUGUGCGAAUUCUCGGAGAAAGCGAAAAAGAUAAAAGGAGGGAUAAGAGAGAGAAAUAAAAGGUAAAUUUAUCGAACAGGGAAAGUGCAGAUUUUUUUUAUUGAUGACGUGAUCUAGCAGCUGACGAUGGGAAACAGAUCUGACGCGAAGAAGUUUCUGUCUGUAUUAAACGCUUAGUAAAAAAAAAUAAAAAUAUUAACAAAAGGAAUUUAAUAAAGAAAAGAGAAAAAGCAAAAAAAAAAUCAAGAAUUUAAAUACAUAUAGAGUGACCUCUACCCCCGUUGUAGAAGGAUGAUAUAUAUCUUUUACAGAUGAGACACAAUUUAUUUAUAAAAAAAGACGAAGAAGAGAAAGAAAUGAAAAUAAUUUUAUUGUCGCGAGAACCAGUUUAUUAUUAUUAAAAGAAUGAUAUGAAAUAAAAAUAAAUAAAUAAAAAUGAAAUAAAUAAAUAAAUAUAACCGGCUGAUAGGUCCGUUAUUUAUCCGUUAUAAUGUAUAUAUGUAAAUACGGCGAGUCUUUAGAUUAUUAUAUUAUAUGUAUAUGUACUAUAAUACAUAGCCAGGCAAAGGAAAGAAAAAGAAAAUCAUAAACCAUAAGUGCAUAAGGGCACAAAUGUAAUAUUUGAACUGAAAAAUAGAAACGAGAGAGAAAAAGUUGAGAAAAUAUUAUAAACAGAACAUUAGGAAAACAAAAAAAGGAUACAUGAAAAACCCACAGAAUUUGAAAGAAAUAAUAUCUGAUUGAUAAUAAAUUAACAAAUGGUGUGAAGACUACUAUUAUUAUAAUUAUUUAUAAACGAAUUAAGAUUCUAUGAUAGGGCAGUAUAUUGUAUUUUACAAGAUUUUACUUGAUAAUUAUUAUGAAAGGACGAAAAAAAGAAAUAAUAAUAUUAUUAACUAUAAUUAUAAUAAUUAAUUAUGUCAAUAGUGGCAUUUACGCAGCAGAAAUCAUGUAUCUGUUUAGUUAUCACAAGUACACGCAUACCUACCUAACUAUGAAUAGAAGUUAUAUAUAUAAAGAUAAAUGAGAGAUAUUACAUUAUUAUACAUUAUAGAGUUAGCUGCUUGGGAUAGUUUUCCUUUACUUCUAACGGUAACAAUUCACAAAAAAGGAUUUAAAAAAAGCACGAAAAUAUGAAAAAAAAGAAACAGAAAAAUUUGGCGUUUUCGCAAUAUAAUCAAAUGUACGAUCGCCAAUAAUUUUAUUAUUUUUACACGCAUCAGACGAUACCUUCAUCAUAGUUUAUUAUAAAUGUACAAUCUGUUAUUCUUCAACGACAAUGGCAAAUCUUCAAUUCGUCACUAUACAUAAAUACAUAAAUAGAGGUAAUAAGCAGUUCGCCUCUGGAAUACAUUUCAAGGAUAACUGUAAUAUGUUUUUUUUUCUUUACCAGUGUCUCAAAGUUGACAAUUGUUUCGUAACAUUGACUUUUCAUCUUACACAAAUUGUUAUUUCAAUUGAGAAGCGUGCAUUGAAUUGACAUAGGUCAAGAAGCAUCCUUUCAAUGGACCGUAACAAAAAUUUUAAUCCUUCGUUGAUCAGAUGUUUCGUUGUAUAAAUUCACUUCAAUGUUAACCUGCUUCUCUUGGCAUUUACGUUACAAAAAAUGGAAUAAAACCAUAAAAUUUAUAGAAAAUGUGGAGAAAUAAUAUCUCCUUGAAGUGUAUUCUGUAAGGAUAAACGGCUAACUAAGAGACUUGCUAAGAUGUUUUUGUUUUGGUAUGGGUCUAAACCAAACAUCAUUAUAUUACAUGUGUAGACUAAAUACAAAACAUUUUGUAAUAAAACUCAAUAUAUUAAAAUAAAGUAUAUAAUGUUCACUUUC